AUGGCGCCGGGUAGCCGGUAUCGAUAUGGUCCCACAACACGUGCGAGCCUUGACUUCGACGACAUUGGGCUCGUCGCAAAGCGCUAUCACUUCCUCCUCAACCCGACACAGUCCACGGUCAUCUUUGAUAUCAGCAACCGGUCAAACAUCGAAGCUGGAACCUGGGUCUUCAAAACCAUCACCAUGCGGGCGCCGCAAGCCUCCUGUGCCAUACACUAUCAAUACUGGGUGAGCGAAGCCCUGCGCUCACGCAUCGUGUAUCGCCCAUCAUACAAAGAAACGGCCAUCCAAGCCUGGAAUUUCCGGUCGAGACUAUUUGCGCUGUCUUUUGGGCACCAGGAGGGCGAGUGA